GGGGAAAGCUGUAAAUCACAGAAACUAAGAGGGCGAGGAGGAGAGAACAUAAUAAAGUGUGUGUUGGAAACUUGUUGAAGCCUGUGGGUGGCCUCAAGCCAAAUACAACAGUCCAAUCUGGUGGCGCACUGAUAAACGGUCAGAGGAAACACUCAACUUUUGACGCUAAUAUUAACAGGCAACAGCCUUCUGUCAGACCCACGCUGUGUGAGUAAGUGUGUGUUCAUAUUAUACGUCUGACUUUGCCUUUAAGGUCCCCAUAAUAUCAGCUACAGCAUUCAUAAGUAUGUCCAAUCUAAUCAAAUGUCCCAUAUUGGGUACAAUAAGCCCUGGGCUAAUGUAUUAUCAUCCAUCAUAGCAUGUUCUCCAUUACUUCAUUUUGUGUAUGCAAGCCUAUAAUACAUCCAUUGUUAGAUCUAAUUAGCAGUAUUUUAUCAUUUUCUCUCCCUUUCGCUCUCAUUUGAUAAACCACACCGAAUGACUUCUCACUGUAUAUGAGCAUGUCAAACGAGCCUCAGGCUCCUCUGCUAAGCCUGACUAUCAUGCGCUUUUGCUUGAAUGUUGGAAUGACACUAGUAAUGCAGAGAAAUCCUUCACACACACAAAAUUGAUUGCCAAGCAUUCUGGGUUGCCAGUUGUCAGUACUUGUGUGUGUUUCAAAAUGAGCAUAAUUAAUAAGAUGAAAUCAUAGUUAGCAUCUGGCAUCUGUACCUCACUUAAACCCAGAAAUACUGUGUCAAAUGAGAUUAUCAAGAUGUGCAGAUACACGGUCCAAAAACCUGUUGUUACAGAGGUGAGAUUAGAGGUUAUAGUCUUGGAAAAACCUGCUAUGGGGCGUCCUCGUCAUCUAGUAGUUUCAGACGCAGACCGUGCAAUAGCAAAGUCAUUUUUUGUAUGUCCGUUUUUCAUGCUUGUCAUAUUAGUGUUAUUACAAAUGUGAAAGGGAUUUUAAACAGCGCUCUCUCUCCCCCUCUCUUUCUAUCUCAGUCUACCCCUCUCUUUCUUUCUCUAUCCCCAUCUAAUUUAGGCAAUAAUUGUCACAAAAACCUUACUAUAGUAUUAUAUUUUGGGAGCGCAAGACUUAUGUGUAUAAUCUGUAUGGAUCAUAUCAACCUCUACACAAACGCACAAGCUCACUUCAGAGUUCUUAUAACUCACAGUGUCUCUCUCACUACUGACUGUAAUUGGCUGUGUGAGGCAGACAGUCACGGCUGUGCGAUGGCUUGUUAUCAGACUGACGGGCAAACUGGAAAGGACAGCGGUGUCAUUCUGAGAAGCACACAAGACCUCGGAGGCAGGAAACACACACACACAGACAGACAUAAACACCAAAGUGGACACGCACAGCAAAUGCACACAGGCGCUCAGACACAUGCAAGUGCUGUGAUACUAACAGGCUGCGACAGUGAGGAGAGUGCACACUAAUGUAUUGCUCUGAGACAUCUAAUAGAAGAUGGACGUGAGACCUUGUUGCGGUGUUCCCAGUGCAAGAUGGCUCGCUACUGCAAUAUCACUUGCCAGGUGAAACAAGCAUGGUCUGGCCAUAAGAGAGAGUGCAAAUGUCUGCAAAGCCUCCUACCCAGAAUUCCCACUGACUCAGUCCGUCUGGCUGCUAGACUCCUCUUUGCCUUGUUAACUCCAUCUAAGAGCAGUAGUGAGGAGCUCUACACUUUGGAGGAGCACGAGUCACACCUGAGUUCCAUGUCUGAGCACAAGAAACAAGGUAUGGCUCAGCUGGCAUCCAUGUUAGAGCUGUAUCUACAACAGGAAGUACCUUACCCGGCACAGGAAGUGAUGUCAGCACUCCCACCUUCCCUCAGAGAACCCUUCAGCCUUAUUGCAAAGAUGACAUGUAAUUGUUUCACCAUCAGUGACGGAGAGCUGCAAGAGAUUGGAGUUGGGCUGUAUCCUAGUUUAUCUCUGCUAAACCAUGACUGUAGGCCAAACUGUGUGAUGGUGUUUGUGGGAACAAAACUGCAGCUCAGAGCUGUUCGGGAUAUCAACCCUGAAGAGGAGCUGACUAUAAGUUACAUUGAGACGUUGUCAUUGACUGAAGAUCGACAGAGACAGCUGGAGGACCAAUACCAUUUCACAUGCCGCUGCCAGCAUUGCGACUCUCAAGACAAGGACAGACUCAUGCUGUCAGGGCACGAAUCAACAUGGCGCCUCCUGAAGGAGGCUCUACCCAGACUGGAAGGACUGAAAACAGAGUCAGAUUGGCAAGCGUUACUGGAGGGCUGUAGUCAUCUCUUAUCGACUGUUGUUGGGGACGUGCCCGAUGAGAAUCUGUAUAAACUCAGAAUAACAGACAUGGCUGUAGAUGCUUCCAUUCACCUGGGACACUGGGAGGAGGCUGUAGGAUACGGAGAGAAAACACUUCCAGUAUAUAGACAAUACUACCCUGAUCCCCAUCCGGUCCAUGGGGUCCAGCUGAUGAGAGUCGGAAAGCUCCAACAUUACCUGGAACAUAUUGAAGAUGCUUUGGACACAUUCAAACAGGCCUAUCAGAUCAUAAAGCUGACCCACGGGGACGAUCACCCCAUGACCAGCGAUCUACGGAUAAAGAUGGAGGAAUGUCGCAGUGAGAUGGUGCAACAAUCAUCCAGCAGUCAUUGAGAUGCUGCCACAUAACAUCUAAUUAAGUGGACUAACUUUACUUUCUAUCUUAAUGUUCUUAAAGUCCUGAUAUUAUUAGUGUUUCAACCAAUCCCAAUCAUCAAAUUUAUGAGAUGAACAAAGUAUAGAAAUAUACAUUGUGCCUACUCUAAAUUAUCAAAUUAAAAUUAUUAAAAUUGGUGUGUUUACAGUC